UCACAUGUGUGCGUGGUAUAAAGAAAGAGGAAGACUGUAAGAGCCAACCCAGAAAGGUUAGAGGUUAGCGAGAGAGCUGCUAUCAGUGUAGGUAAACAAGUGUAGAGAAAUCAGAGAGCUCGUACGCCAAAGCUCAGGCUCCCUGAGCAGAUAUUUGAACCUGCGAGAAGCGAGGAUCGUAGGAGAGGCUAGACAGCUUGCCUUACCUGUGCUCCCAGUCCAGAGCAUAUGUAGCAAAGGCAAGAAAAAGUUUUCCUGUAGUAAAGAGGAAAAAAAAAGUUAAAGUGUGGAAAGAGACACUUUGGGAGCAGAAGAAAAAGAGCAUCUGGGGGAAGAACUGUGAUGGAAAACCUGCCCGUCUAUCACGGACCCAUCGGCAAGGACGAGGGAGAAAGGCGGCUGGGCCAGGACGGCCGAGACGGGUGCUACCUAGUCCGCAACAGUGACACCGUGGAGGGUGUCUACUGCCUGUGUGUGCUAUGCCAAGGAUACGUCUACACAUAUAGAAUCCACAGAGAUGACGCAGGCUCAUGGGCGGCAGAGACCACUCCUGGUGUGCAGAAACGAUAUUUCCGGCAAAUCAAGAAUUUGAUAGCAGCUUUCCAGAAGCCUGGACAAGGAAUUGCCAUGCCUCUGCUCUACCCUGUCACCGCUCAGAGACGGGCGCAGACACACACAGAGGAGCCCGGUAAUAGCCUGUCGACGACGGAGAGCAGCCCAAACCCUUACUUCCAGCAGCGGAUGCCACAUGCUGCACAGGGACAGAAAAACAGGAACAAGAAGGAGGUGCGACAAGCUUUUGGUUAGGGGCGAACCCUAAGCUGCACCACUGACCUCA